UUGACAAUUUUUUACAAAAAUUUUUUACAUUUUGCUACUAAACUACUGCUACUUUAAAACAAACCGACAAGAUGUCUAAACCUCAAGCCAGCACUACAAUAACACUGCCCCAAAUGGUAGACUUGGCUUUGAAUUCGCCAGAGGUGGGAAUCGUAAAUUUCACGGUCCUGCAUUCGCUGCUGCACGUAAUUGUCCAACAAUUAAAUUUGACCGAUUGCAGCGUCGAAUUCAGAGGAAGCGACGCCGAAAGACUACAAACUUACAUCCAAUCAGCCAAACCGGGCCCUAUAAUUACACUCACGGAGUACAUAAUGGGCCCGGAAGGGCCACAAGAAAAAGUCAAAAAACCUAAAGGAACUAAAGAGGAGAAAGGAACCCACGAUGAGAAGGAAAGCGAAAAAGCUGAUCAUGAAGUGCAGACUCUGGUAGUAGUAGAGCAAUCCAAAGGAGAACACGGGUCGUCUCCGCCCAAUUUUCCGGUCGCGAUCACUCAAGAACACUAUCAACAAAUGCAAACGGAUAUUGCCGAUCUGCACAAGAGGGUAAAUGAACUGUCUGAACUACCCAAAUCUCUUGGCCUCAUUACUACCAAACGUACUUCAGCGGACGAAAUUCAAACUCAAGCGCAAGAAGUGUUCCAAUUCAUGACGAUUAAUAAAAGAUUAGACGCGGCAGAUCAGGCUAUUAUCAAACUAGGUACCAUGAUUGAGGAUCUAGCCAAAGAGUCACCCAGAGGAACCAUGAUGCCUUCGACGUUCUCUAAAAUGUCCACGCCGCGAAAGUCUCAAGCACAAUUAAGCGUAAAACCUGACGCUACAGUCUCAAACGUCAGCGUAUAUCAAUUUGUUGAUUUUCCCACUUAUGAUGCGGAGAUGGCGGAAAUGGAAUUGCGUCUGGCUAAUAUUGAGAGUGCUUUUGUAAGCGUCCAUAGAAAAGAUCAGGAUGUGAUGAAAAACAGCAUGGUGGAACCAAUAUCUUUAGUUGUGGAUGAAAGAAUGAAAUUGGCAUCGUCAGGAAAAGCCGUUCCGGCUGGUUCCAAAGUUACACCACACGCAUUUAUGAUGAAGCCAGUUCCUCCUUUAAUGGUUGGUCCAAACGGACAGAUACUGUACAUGAAUCAAGAUAUAACAAAGCAACCUACGUCAGCAUCAUCUCCAACAGGUGAAGGAGGAAAAUCAGCGAAAGUUCCAAGCAAAAAAUCCGCUCCUCAAGUAAACGAAAUGCCUUCAGUAAUACGUUCUUCUGUUACCGACCUGCCUCCACCGGUUGAUCUGAUGGGAAUCGAUUUAGCCAACAUGCAAAUGGAAGAAGCACUCAGAAUCGUUCAAACAGAACUGCAGCGAGUGAGAAAGUUCUGUGGCCACGAUUUCCUCCAGACCAUUAAAGAAUUGAACGCCCUCAAAUCUGCUGCGGAAGACGUUGCAGCGCCGCCUGAAAUGAAGUUCGUGCAGAUGAAGAUGGAUUUGUCCAGAAUGAGUGAGCAAAUCAGCAGUUUGGACACCAUGUACAACAAUCAGAUUGCAGAACUGAACGAGAAAUUCAAUCAUUUGAGAGAGGUUGUGUUUUCUGGCGGUGCAAUGGCAAGUGCAACGAACGAACACUUGGAAGUGGAGACAUUUAACAGGAUUACUAGCUUACAAGACGAGAUGCGGCGAGUGCACGAUACUUUGGAGAAACUGUGGGAGGAACGCGACCAACGACAAAACCUACUCGAUAUGAUACAAGAGAACAUAGAAGUCCUGAAAAAUGUGAAAGCGGACAAAGAGGAAAUGGACGAAGCUUUAGCGAACAAAGCUGACGCCUGUUUAGUCCACAGAAAGGUUUCUUUCGAUCUCUUCGACGAGACGCGUGAAAUGAUAAUGAAACAAAUCGAAGAUUUGGUCAACUCGCUAGAAGCGCUUCGAGACACAAUGACUAAUAAUAUGGCAGAUCUAUCCGAAGAAAUAUCCAAAAAGGCGGAAAUAUCAGAUAUGGAAAAUUUGGAGGGUUUGAUGGAGCAAAAUUUCCAUGCUUUAGAAUCGAAAAUUCAAGCUUUAGCUAAGAUGAAGGACAUUUCAGAGGCGGCUGGAACCAAAUCUAAAUUCCUGCGUAACGUCAACUGUAUAUCUUGUGAUAAUAAAGCACUGAUGAGAAAAGAGGUAGAUGCAAGCUUCUGGCCCAAAAAAACAACUAAACCGCCCGGCAAAUCCAUGGGCCCGUAUCUAGCAUACGAGCUGGACCAACUGCGUAAGCAACAGAAGUGCGUGGAUACGAAAAGCAAGAAGUUUCUGGAACAAUCGCUUGUCACCGGAAGAUCUGACAAAACUGACGAGCUCUGCAAUAGAUAUUGCGGUGGUAGCCAUACAGUUACGACUCCCAUGCAGAGAGUUACAAGACCCGGACACUUUUUGGAACAGUGGGGUCCAGAAAUAUCACCAGUUGUGGAUGAAGUUAUUCGUGGAACUGAUGGAAAGAUGUACCGUGGCCGUGAUGAUGACAAACUUAAGAAACUUCUAGUCAAGACUAAAGAAAAUGUUGGUGAGAAGAAGGACGACGCACAAGAAGGUGAACGAAAGGAGAAUACUAGACUUAUGAAUGCUGUCUUGGAGGAUACCAAGAAAAAGUCGCAUACAUCAUUGUCAUCUGUAACUAAAGGAAAACGUCCUAGUUCAGAAAAAGUGGAAACAAAGAAAGCACCUUCAGUUCAUUCCAAACAAUCUGAGACAAAGGUGGAAGAAGUGAUGACUCCAGUAACUGAAGAAGCACCUAUUACUGAAGACGAGACUGAAAUGAUUACACCAGAAGAAUUACCUCCAAUGGACUUCCUACCAGAAGAAGAAGUCGAAGAAGGAGGCUAAAUAAUUAUUAUACUUGUAUUAUAUUCAAUAGAGAUUCAUAUAACAAUUAAA